AUGGGCAGGGAAAACCAGACAUGGAUGAGUGAGUUCAUUCUGCUGGGGCUGUCCAGCUGCUGGGAGACUCAGGUCUCCCUCUUCGUCCUUUUCCUUGUCAUGUAUGUGGUGACCAUGCUGGGGAAUUUCAUCAUCGUCCUCCUUAUUAGAUUGGACAGCAGGCUGAACACACCCAUGUACUUUUUCCUCAGUGUCCUGUCAUUUGUGGACAUCUGUUACACCAACAGCACUGUCCCCCAGAUGCUUGUUCACUUCCUGUCAGCCUGGAAAUCCAUCCCGUUCUACAGCUGUGUGCUCCAGCUGUCUGUCUCUCUGGCAUUGGGUGGGUCUGAGUUCUUCCUGCUGGGAGCCAUGGCCUAUGACCGCUAUGUGGCCGUGUGCCACCCGCUGCGCUACACAGUCAUCAUGCACGGAGGGCUGUGCCUGGGGCUGGCUGCCGGCUGCUUGGUGGCUGGUUUUGUGAAUUCGCUGAUGGAAACAAUCAUUACCUUUCAGCUCCCUCUGUGCCAUAAUGUUAUUAAUCACUUUGCCUGUGAGGUGUUGGCUGUGCUGAGGCUGAGCUGUGUGGACAUCUCCUUCAACAUGGUCAUGGUGACCAUCUCAGGAUUUCUGGUGAUCAUGCUUCCCUGCGUCCUUGUCCUCUUCUCCUAUGGUCACAUAGUUGCUGCCAUUCUGCGUAUACGCUCCACCCAAGGACGCCACAAAGCCUUUGGGACGUGUGCCUCCCACCUCACUGUGGUUUCCAUGUGCUUUGGAACAGUCAUCUUCACAUACGUGAGACCCGCGGCUGGCUCCUCAGCAGAACAGGAGAAGAUGGUGUCCCUGUUCUAUGCUGUGGUGACCCCAAUGAUGAAUCCUUUCAUCUAUAGCUUGAGGAACAAGGAGGUGAUGAGUGCCUCAAGAAGAGUGCUGGGGAAAUUUAAUGAAAAAAAGUAA